CCGCGACAAGAAAGGGGUAAAAGAUGGAGGUGUCCGCCGACGCGGCGACGGCGGCGGCGGCGCGGACGCUGCGGUGGGCCGGCCGUGCGGGGCACCUUGGCGGCGUCCCCCGCGCGGCGGUGAUAGGCGCCGUGGGCACCAUCGCUAAGGCGUACGUGUCGCUGCUCAACACCACCACCGUGCACAACGCCGACGCCCUCCACCGCCUCGUCUCCUCGCGGCCCCCCGGCACGCCGCUCCUCACCGUCAGCAACCAUAUGUCCACGAUAGAUGACCCAUUUAUGUGGGGAUUCAAGGGUUUCCCUAUUACAGAUUCAAAGCUUGCAAGAUGGGUGCUGACAGCAGAGGAUAUCUGCUUCAGGAAUGUAUUCAUGUCUUACAUAUUUCGACUUGGGAAAUGUGUGCCGAUCACUAGAGGGGCUGGAAUUUAUCAAGACCAUAUGAAUGAGGCCCUUGAAGUGCUUAGCACUGGAGGCUGGUUGCAUUCAUUCCCUGAAGGAAAAGUAGCCCAGGAUCACCAACCAAUCAGACGGUUGAAAUGGGGAACUGCCAGUCUUAUUGUCCGAGCACCCGUAACUCCAAUAAUUUUACCUAUUGUUCACACUGGUUUUGAAAAGGUCAUGCCAGAGAAAUCAUUUUUUGGACGCCGUCCACCAUUACCUCUCUGCGGCAAGGAGAUACAGAUCAUCGUGGGAGAACCAGUAGAUUUUGAUCUGCCAGGCUUAAAGCAGGUGGCAGCAAUGAUACCACAAGACACAUCCUUCAAAAGGAAGGGCUGGCCAACCAUCACGCCGGAGGGGCUAGACGAGGCAGCACAGAGAUGGCUUUACCAGAAGAUGUCGGAUAAGAUCCAGUCCGUGAUGGAGAGCUUGAGGAAGACGCUUCUGAACUCGAAGCAGCAUUGACAUUGAUUCUUUUUGUUCGUUCUUCGACCAUGGGGCAAGGAUGUACUGCCUUUUUUCCCCAAUACCUUGUUGAAUUGGUUAGGGUAUAUAGUAGUUUUCUUAGCUAGUUUCAGAUGAUGGGAUCACAAUACGGUGAUUGGGAGGAUACGGGAAUUGAGAGGGAUGGAGUAGUUCUCCAGUGGGCAUUGCACC